AGUUUAUCUGUGAUAUUAGCGGUGUAAGAGUAACAUACACACACCUAAGAUUGUUUUUUGGCAUUUGUGGAAUAAACGUCCUAUAAGUUUGACGUGUCGGGGGCUAUUUUAGUAAAUUUAAGAAAAUGAAGUCGUAUUUAUUAGUCUGUGUAAUAUCUGCGUAUUUAUAUGCAGCACAAGCCGACGUGUAUCUCGAAGAAAAAUUCGACGAUGACACGUGGGAGAAAAACUGGAUUUACAGUAAACACCCAGGAAAGGAGUUCGGAAAGUUCGUAAGGACAGCUGGAAAAUUCUUCAAUAAUGAAGAAGAGGAUAAAGGUAUUCAAACGUCCGAGGAUGCACGUUUCUAUGCUUUAAGUAGGAAAUUCAGUCCUUUCUCUACGGAGGGCAAAGAUUUGGUUGUACAGUUCACGGUCAAACAUGAACAGAACAUUGAUUGCGGUGGCGGAUAUGUUAAAGUAUUCGAUUGCUCUCUUGAACCAGAGGACAUGCAUGGCGAGUCUCCGUACAGGCUUAUGUUUGGACCCGACAUUUGUGGUCCUGGCACCAAGAAGGUGCACGUCAUCCUUAACUAUAAGGACAAGAACCAUCUAAUCACCAAGGACAUCAGGUGUAAGGACGAUGUGUACACUCACGCUUACACCCUGAUAAUCAAGCCAGACAACACCUACGAAGUACAAAUUGAUGGCGAGAAGGUUGAAGGCGGAGAACUCGAAGCGGACUGGGACCUCCUUCCUCCCAAGAAAAUAAAGGAUCCCGAGGCCAAGAAACCCGAGGACUGGGACGAUCGCGCUACAAUCCCAGACCCCGAAGACACCAAACCUGAAGAUUGGGACAAGCCCGAACACAUUCCCGACCCAGACGCCAGCAAGCCUGACGACUGGGAUGACGAGAUGGACGGUGAAUGGGAACCACCCAUGAUCGACAAUCCCGAGUACAAGGGCGAAUGGCAGCCCAAACAAAUUGACAACCCAGCUUACAAGGGUCCAUGGGUCCAUCCCGAAAUUGACAAUCCCGAGUACACGCCCGAUUCUAAUCUCUACAAGCAAAACGAGAUCUGCGGUCUCGGUUUCGAUUUGUGGCAGGUCAAGUCUGGCACCAUUUUCGACAACGUGUUGAUCACGGACGAUGUGGAAUACGCUAAGAAAGCCAUCGCAGGCCUGAAAGAGACGCAGGAAGGGGAAAAGACUGCCAAAGAGGCUUUGGAUAAGGCGGAACGGGAUGCAGCUAAACAGGACGAGAAGAAGGAGGAUAGUGAGGAGGAUGAGGAGGAUGAUGAUGAUGAGGAAGCCGAGGAGCAAGUCCCAGAAGUCGAGGAACCAGACCACGAUGAGUUAUAGAAUGUGAAGUAAAUUAAGAGACAUUUUUUAUAUAUUGCAGUGUGCAGUGUUUUGUUCGAUAGCGUGUACUGUUUCUUUGACUGAUUUUUGUUAAUAAUGAGCGUAUUACUUCUAAUAAAACACAAAACCCUGAAGUUGUUUUUA